AUGUCCCCUAAAAGGCAACAGCACGAUGCCGAGGAAACAAUAGUGAAACAGCCAUUAUCGGUUUUUAGAUCAUGGUCAUGGUUUCCAAAUUAUUCCAAAGCGCCCAAGGAGGAGGUGCAACAAGUAACGACCGAUCCUGAUCCUGUUCACAGAUGGAUAAAGGGUGUUGUGAUCUGUUCAUGGAUCAUUGGUGGAGUCCUCGCGUUGAACAUCAUCCUUACCAUUAUCGCUGCUGGUCUGGCAUAUUCGGGGGAUAGUGGGCAAAUUUUCUCAUUCGCUUCACUCUACAUGGGAAAGUGCACUACUUCCAAGAAUUGGGCCACAGGCCUGCACCUCCUGAUCAACAUUCUCAGCACUGCCCUUCUAGGGGCGAGCAACUACUGCAUGCAGUGUCUUGCAGCCCCUUCGCGAGAACAGGUGGAUAAAGCUCACAGUCAAAAGACAUGGAUUCGAAUCGGUGUGCCGAAUAUCAUGGACCUUAUUCGCUAUCAAACAGGCAAGCGACGCCUUCUGGGAUCAAUCCUGCUGAUCACCUCGCUGCCUAUCCAUUUGAUUUAUAACUCGGCCGUCUACUUCUCUAUUGGGCCAACGGAAUAUUCCGUUAUUGCAGCGCAGGAUAAGCUUAUUCAGGAACACGGCAACUCCACAGAAUUUGAGCAAUGCUUUACGGAAAAUGUUAGUAUCGAAUUGCAAUCAUUCAAUGCUGCCAUCCGUGAUGGGAGUUUCAACACUCUCUCCAAGCAAGAAUGUGUUGAUACCUUUGCUCAAGACUAUGCAUCCGGGUACGGCAUGGUUGUUCUGGUGACCAAUGACCCAAUGCCUCAAAACGAGUCUGUGGCCUGGAUAGGAACUGGGAAUAGCCAAAGCUUGGAGAGUGGCAAUUCUCAAUUUAGCUGGCUUUGUGAUAGAAAAUAUCCCUGCACCAAAAUUCUAGCUGAAGAAAACAUCAAGAACUGGUCGGCUCACGCACUAAUAUGGUCACAUCCCACCAUACAUCUGUCGGUGCCUAUCCCAGGUGGGCUUUAUGAGAGUGGAGGAUGGUUGGAUGUUGGACUUUACGGCGUCCCAGAAACCGAGGACUACAACCACCUUGAUGAUAUUCUGGAUAGAUACCCUUCCCUGGAGGAGUUGCAAGCUGAGCUAGAUAACCCUUCUGGCUGGGUUAACAGCUCAUUUCCUGGUAGUGUGACAGCACGCAAAGGUGAACCAGAUUGCGGGUACCGAACAGGCUAUGGUGAACAGACUCCACAAUCAUAUUCAAUCGACCAUUGCAUGACCCUACCAGUUAAGGAGACUUGCCAGCUAUUCUUCAGUCCACCGAUCUGCCUAGUUGUGAUUGGCUGCAAUAUAGUCAAGCUCAUCUGCGCGCUGUUAGCAGCGCGUGAGAACAGAAAAGAUAUUUUCCUCACCACCGGAGACGCGAUUGCGUCUUUUCUUACCAAAGCGGAUCCAGCCACCGAGGGAGUUUGCCUACUGUCCCGGUCUCUGACCAACAAGAGAACACAAGGAUGGCAGAAAUACAAGGGCCGUGAACGCAAAUAUCUGGAUUUUGUGGAAAAGGAAGAUAUGCCACUUCGUUUACCUUCAAGAAAACGAUGGUUUCAAGCUGCGAGCAUCUCACGCUGGGUGUAUACGAUACUCUUGUUUGUGUGCAUGUUGGUCCCAUCCAUCAUUGUUCUUCGCCUGGGAAUUCUCAAUUACAACAAAUCAUCCAAAUCGAAUAAUAUAUGGAAGUCUGGCCUGGGAGAUGCAAGCGCAGCGACCACCCUCAAGGGCCUGAGCAUUCCCGCUACUGCAAGUGGAAUAUUUUCCAUGAUUUUCAUGGCCAACGUACCUCAGAUACUGGUCUCACUGGCUUACUUCUUUUACAAUGGGCUGUUAACCUGCAUGCUCGGCGCCGUCGAGUACGACAACUACGCCAAAGAGCAAAAGCCUCUCCGCGUAUCUUGGCCGCGCGGCGCCCAGCGUUCAACAUACUACCUCAGUCUUCCAUAUCGAUACAGUGUUCCACUGUUGGUCGUCUCCGCUGUUCUCCACUGGCUCGUAUCCCAGAGCUUUUUCUUUGUCCAGGUAAUCCCAUUUGACCGACACGGAAUACCCCAAAGGAGCAAUCCAGAGGUCCUUGUUACUUGCGGCUAUUCACCAGUUGCCAUAAUUUUCGGAAUAAUUGUUGGUGGUUUGCUACCAAUUGUGGCCAUACUUCUGGGCUUGCGUCGCUUCAGAUCGCACAUGCCGCUGGCUGGACAGUGUAGUGCGGCAAUCAGCGCUGCGUGUCAUCCAAUGACUACCGCAGUCGACCAUGCACUGAAACCGGUGCAAUGGGGUGAAGUUCCAGAUAGGGUCUUGUCACAUGGCAUUUUUUCGAACACAAUAAUAACGGAUGUUGAGUUUAAAGCUCGAUCGAGUUUUGGAAAUGACGAGCAAAGGCCAUCUUUGGCCACGGAGCUGGAUACAAAUGAUUCCAGAGCUGUUGGUUACUUGCAUUGCACAUUUACCUCGGAGGAUGUUAGUGAACCGAGCACAUCACGUCUCUAUCUCUAG